AUGGAAGGGUUGGGGUGGGGUUUUAGUAAGGGGGGAGAGAAGAGGACUAAAGAUAUGAAAGAGAAACGAAUGGCAUUGAAGAGUGGUGGUAGUUACAGAGUGCAGAACUUGAAACAAAUGGUAUUAAAUGAGUGGAGCCACGUGUUAAUUUAUUUUUCAUCAGAGUAA